CUGCAAUCACUUCAGAUGGCCUCAUCCCUGCUCCAUACUUAGCACCUUUGCAUCUCUCCUCUCGCAUUAAUCUUCUCUAUGAAGUUGUUAGUUCGUGUUUCUUCGCUUGCCUCGAACAGGCAGACCUUCCAUUCUCUCGCCGCGCGGCCGUUGAAUACACGAUGAAGCCACCAACGGGGCCUCGACGCAAAGCCAGCACGCCUCACUACCAUACGUUUCCUACGAAACCUCCAACAUCCCGCGGUCCUCCUCCCCCGUCGCAGUCGACUUCGGGAGACGAUGCAUCGGGCGCUGAUUCCGAACACGGCGAUGGCCAUCACGAAACCCCAUUACCCAAGAAACAAUUGGCUAUGUUGGCUGUAAUAGCAUUGGCUGAGCAGACUGCCUUCAAUUCAAUAAGCCCUUAUCUACCUGACAUGGCAUCGACGUUUCCGGAAGUCAAGGAUGGUCAGGUCGGGUUGUACGUUGGCUUGAUUGCGUCCUCGUUCGCUCUCGCUCAAUUCGCUACAAAUUUCUUCUGGGGAUGGCUGUCAGACAAGAUUGGGAGGAAGCCUGUCAUAUUACUGGGCACUUUCUUGACAGCCGCGUGCUUCAUUGCAUUCGGAUUCUGCCGCACACUAUGGCAAGCUAUAAUCGUCCAGGUCUUUAUGGGUCUCGUCAACGGCAACCAGGGCGUUGUGUCGACCUGCUUGGGAGAGAUCACAGACCGGAGCAAUCAAUCGCGUGCUUUUACAUACCUCCCGGUAGUAUAUGGACUAGGGGCCAUUACCGGGCCGCUUGUCGGCGGUCUUCUCGUCUUCAAGAAGGAUCCUUUCCACCCCUCUCAACCCAAUCCGUACCCCUACCUAUUCCCUAAUAUUUUUGCCACGGCAGUCCUGCUAGUAGAUCUAAUACUGGCAAUGUUCUUCCUUGAAGAGAGCCUAGAUGAAGCCCGAGAACUGCCACCGCUAGGGAAGAGAAUUGAAAACCUGUUCUCGUGGCUCUGGCAAUUUACAAGCUCGAGCCGACCAAGCUACAUGCGUCGUUCUAUGGGAAAGCGCAGAACAUCUCGCGUUGAUGGGAAUGACGAUCGUGGGAGCAUUGACGAAGAGGAGGAUGACUCAGAUUCGACUCCGAUAUUCACGACCUCAAAUGACACGCAGCUCACACGUAGCGAGGUCCUAAACCGCGACACGAUAUUGAUCAUGUGCACAUAUUUCAUUUUUCAGCUUUCGAAUAUCGCGUAUAACUCGUUGUACCCAGUCUUUGCUCAAGCCGAACCUCCAGCGGGACGUAACCUUUCUCCCGAAGAGAUUGGCCUGUCUCUCAGUUUCGCCGGCAUAAUCACUAUUGUGUUCCAGGUCGGCAUAUAUGGACAGCUUAGGGAGAAGAUUGGUAACAAGACCACCUACCGAAUUAGUCUCGUUACAUUCGCUGUUGCCUUCUUGUUGAUGCCGUGGGUGGGAUACAAGGAUGGCGACAAUGGCACUGGGCUGGGUAGUGGGAAAGUAUGGCUAUGGAUCGAGCUCGGGUUUGUCCUCAUUGUCAAGACAGUUGCAACUGUCGGCGGGUUGACGUCAGCGCUUUUACUGAUCACGAAUUCAGCGCCGAAUCACUCUGUGCUGGGAACUUUAAACGGUCUGGCUCAGACGCUCUCUGCGGCGGGCAGAGCCGCUGGUCCCUUCAUAUCCGGCGCCUUGUUUACCGCAUCGACCAAGAUAGAACCCAAAGGCGAAGCACUUGCAUUUGGGCUGUUCGGAGGUGUUGCAUUUCUUGGCUUUCUCCUAAGCUUUGGCAUUCGUGGGGUCGAUCUGGAAGCCGAGGGGUGGGGCGACGAUUCUACAGAAGAUGAAGAUGAAGAAUUCGAAAUAGAAAGUCCUGCCGAGGAAAGCGCAGGGCUGUUGCGAUGAAAUGAUAGAGCAUCAUACACGCAUUUAGAGGUACCUACAUUGGUGUACAAUAUCAUAGCGUAGGCAAUCUCCGGCAUGGUUCCCUACUAGCUUACGAUCGCUUGACGUUUCAGAUAGAUUAUAGUACCUGCUUCCACGGGCGGAUCCCUGACCAGCAGGUAUAGACGUUUUGAGCCACAUCAACAAUGACACACGAGUAAUAUAUUCGAAAAUAUAUUUAUGAUUCUGACAAUCGACGCUAAAUGAGAG